AUGAAAAUCCUAGUGAUAGCAUUUGGCUUGCUGUUGGUGGCUUCAAUCCUCGGAGCCAAGUUUAAUUAUCCCGAUCGUUUAUUUGGGGUUACAAAUGGUGUUGGGGGUUAUUGUGAUCGUCAGCGUGGCUGCGAGAAUGUCAGAAACUCUGAGUGUUUUCGAGGUAAGUGCAAAUGUCUGACUAAUUACAGGCCUUCGAGACCCUGGGGUGAAUCAAUCUGUAAGGGGAUAAUAAGCGCGAUCUGUGAAUCCGACGAUGACUGCUUAAAUUUGGACCAGGUCUCCUGUAUCUUUAACACCUGCCAAAAUUUCACAAAAUUCCUUGAGUCAGAUGCUGAAGUGACGAAGCUUUACCGAGCUACUGCAUUGGGAUCACGGUGCAAGACUAACGAGCACUGCAGCAACCUGAACAACAGCAUUUGCGUCGCAGGAAAAUGCGACUGUAUUGACGGCUACGGGAUUAGUUUUUUAGCAAGCUGUGAACCGUUGGACAGACGUUUUUGUCGGUACCGCAAAAGAUGCUAG